GAUCGACAUUGGAUUAAAACUUCUUUUCAACUUCGAGAAUUAGAAACCGAAACAAAUCCAAUUACUCAAAUUAUUACUGUUACGAAAAAUGGAAAUGGAUCAGAAUUGACACGUACCAUAUGCCCUUUUAAUCGUCUUUACGAUAUAUUAUGUAAGAUUCAUGUAGGCGUUUUAAAACAUGUUGGAGCAUCCAAAAUGUGGGACGUUGCAAGUUUUUAUUUAUUUAAUUUAGCAACAAACGGAUUCAUUGGAAAACAAUAUAACUAUAUUCCACAAUCAUUUAUCAGAGAAUUUUGCGGGGCAUGCAAAACCUGUGCUACACGCCAAUUAUUUCCUAAUUCUCUUGCUGCAAAACCAAUUGUAGCAUCAAAGUUCCUGUCUCGUGUUCAAGUCGAUUUAAUAGGAUUAACGUUCCAACCUAUUAAUGGAUAUAAUCCAAUUCAACAUUUUUCAAUACUUGAAGAUUUAAAUAAUCAAAAUAUAGUAGAUGAGGAAGAGUUACCUGAUAAUUUUUUCGAAGAUACUAAUAAUGUUUCAACUGAAUCCCUAUCUUCAACCGAACUCUCAUCAUCAAGCCUACCUGAACUUUCAUCUUCAAUUCCAUUUGAACCUUCAUCACCAAUUCCAAUCGAAUCUUUAUCGCCAAUUCCAAUCGAACCUUCAUCAAUAAUUCCAAUUGAAUCUUUAUCAUCAAUCCCACUCGAGCCUUCAUCGCCGAUUACAAUUGAUCUUUCAUCACCAAUUCCAUACGAACUUUCAUCGCCAAUUCUACUUGAGCCUUCAUUACCAAUUCCAAUUAAUUCUUCAUCACCAAUUCCAUUCGAACUUUCAUUGUCAAUUUUAUUUGAAUCUUCACUGAAUUCAUUUGAACUUUUACCAAAUCGUAACCAUGUUGACCGGCACACUUUACCUUGUAAAGUAAUUGAAGAAUUACCUGACAAGAUGUACCGUUUGCAAUGUAAAAAUGGAAUUCUUGAUGUAGCUUUUAAUGCGAAUGAACUUAUGCCACUGGGUCCAACCAAAUAUGAAGAGCUUGAAAUUUGUGAAAAUAAAGUUAUUAGCGUACGUGAAGCUGCAAGAAUGCAAUCAAUGUCAACCAUAACUGGAGUGCAAUUAGACCAAAAGUUACCUUUAAAGAAAUCAGGUGAACAAUUUGUUGAACGUUCACACAAAUGA